AUGAUUAUUCUCAAUAACACUUUUCUUAUUUCGUUCGAAGUAAAUUUAAAUGGAAAUAGUACAAGAGUACAAAGCGAACACUGGGCCGUACCUGUACCUUUUGAAUCGGAUCUUAUAAAUAGCACCUAUCGAUGUUUUAUUGAUCCACUCAAUACUCAACAACAACCAUUGAUAGAAAUACCAGAUAUUGCAUCUAUUCGUCAUGAUUUCAUUUGGUAUACAUUAAUACCUAAUCUCAUUGUGAUAGUGUUAUUGAUCAUAAUACUUGUACUUGUUAUCAUUAUAUUACUGAAGACUAUUUGUAAUGUAUCUCCACGACGUUGGUUUAGACGUGCACGACAAAUACAGCCUGAAACAACAAAAGCAUAA